AUAAUCACCAUACUCCAAGCCUAACUUUAAAAUGAUAUACCAUAUUAUUUAGAAAAAAGAAGGAUAUUUGAGCAGGCAUACAACCGUAUACAUAAAUGCUUACGAAGCAACAAAACGCAAGCUUAUUAAUGUUUUGUCUGUGUCACGAAUAAAAAAUUAGGAUGACAUUUUUCGAAUAGAUUUCUUGAUUUUUUGUUUAAAGUGAUUUUUUGCAACAAUCUCUGUGUUUUAGUGGAACAAAUGUAGUUGAUAGUGUGCUUGUAAAAUUUAAAUUUCUGUGACGCAAUAUAAAUAGGGCUUACACGAAAAAGAUUGACAAAAUGACGGAGACGCGUAGAAAACAGUUGCAUCUGGGAAAAUGCAUCGAAGAUUUGGACAAGAUGUACAAUGUGCCAGAUUUGAAGUCGAAAAGGGCUCAUAUGUUAUGCAAAACAGCUCAAAAACUUUUCGAAAGCGCAGAGGAGGCUCGCGAAAAGGGGGAUGAAGAGUUCUCGUACGUGUAUUACAUGAAAUACUUGCGGGUAAUCGCCUAUUUGAGCAAGGACAAGGACUAUUUGAAGGACAAGUCGUAUUACAACAGUAUGCUGGGCACAAAGAACCCAAACAAAGCAAUAGAUGCGGCUGAGGAACUGAAAAACAGUCUCAUUGACAGAUACUCAUUGGAGCAAAAGGCUAAACGACUCAAUGACAUCAAGGAAAAUGAAUUAUUCAAGCAGAAGAUAGACGAAGACAGGAAGAAAGCAAUAGAAGCAGUGGCUGUCAAUGAACCAGCUCAGCCUACUGGAUUGCCAGGCCUAGAUGAAGUAACAAUUAAAAGUGAGCAGCUGUAUGCAAUCCUGAAGGCGGGCAAGCUGAAGGCGAUGAUUCUGGAUUGUAGGUCCGGCAAAGACUAUCAGGACUCGCACAUCAACUAUCCAGCUUGCAUCAGCGUGCCAGAAGAGUGUAUCUCACCAGGCCAAUCAGCGCACGUGUUGGAGCAGAACUUGCCGUCGCCGUCGCGGCCGGUGUGGGCCGAGCGCGCCACCAUGGAGCUCAUCGUGAUGCUGGACUGGAACAGCACCGCGGUCAUACCCGGCAAGACGCUGUACCUACUCAAGACCAUAUUAUUGAAGUGGGACAUCAAAGUCCAGUACGCCCGUCCGCCACUGGCGCUGCACGGUGGGUACGAGGACUGGCUGCUCAAGUACCCCGCCUUCACCACCAACCCGCAGGCGGUGCCGCCGCGACAGGACGACUUCUUGGAUGACAUGCUCAGUGACAUCUCGUACCCGAGCUGGUCGGAGCCGCCGCCCGCCGCCGAGCCGCUCGUGGACCGCGCCACCAAGGCGGCGGCCGUGCAGGUGUACUCGGAGCGCGCGCGCAGCGUGCAGCGCAUCCUCGAGCAGCAGGAGCGCAUCGCAGACACCUCGCUCACGCUCGAGAUGCAGCGCAUCGAGGCCGAGCAGGACUGGGAGAAGGUCCGCCUGCAGCGCGAGACGGAGCAGCAGGACGAGCUGCGCGCCAUGUACAAGCUCAGGGAGCAGGAGAUCAUCUCGCAGCUCAUGCAGCUGGAGAACAAACAGUAUGAUAUGGAACAAGAGAACCAAAGUCUUCGGGAGCAACUGGAGGAGUAUCAGCGCAAGGAGAAGGAGGAAGCCGCGAAGCUUGCGGAGACCAUCGCGAGCGCUAACAAGGAGGUCGAACUUGUGCCUGAUGUUGAUGAGCGGUCGCGGCGCGCGGCGGCGGCGGCGGCGGCGGCGCGCGCGCGCAUCGCCGAGGCGCGGCGCCAGCGCGACCAGCUGCACCGCCGCCGCGAGACGCUCGAGAACGAGCGCAAGCGCAGGCUCGCCGAGGCGCGCGACAAGCGGAAACCCGACCUCGACAAGGACGAUGAUCACGACAUCUACAUGACGUCCCCGGGCGAUAGUCCUGGAGCCACUGGACUUAACCGGUCACACUCCUCGCCUAACAUAGCCAAGGUUUCCGACGGUCCAGAAGUGGAAGCGCCGACGUUCGACCGCAGCACGAAGCCGGGCCGCCUGCCCAUCGCUGAUCUGCAGCAUCGCGACUUCCAGCCCGUGUGGGGAGACGUCGGUCGCGGCCUCACCGGACUCAAGAACCUGGGCAACACGUGCUACAUGAACUCCAUCAUCCAGUGCCUGAACAACACCGCAUUCCUCGUCUCCUACUUCUGCAACGGACAGUAUCUCGAACACGUCAACAGGUCGCACAGCACGCGCGGCGCCAUCGCGGAGGAGCUCGCCGCCGUCGUGCGCGCGCUGUGGUCCGGGCAGUACCGGUUCAUCGCCACCAGGGACCUGCGGAACGAGGUGGGCAAACAUCAGCGCGCGUUCCGUGGCUGCGAGCAACAGGACUCGCACGAGUUCCUCACCAUCCUCAUGGACUGGCUCCACCUCGACCUGCAGUUCACCAUCACAGUGCCGCCGCACAAGGACAGCCUGCCGGCGUCGGAGAAGGCGUGGUACGAGUACACGAAGUCGAAGGAGAGCCUGAUCCUGCGGCUGUUCUACGGCCAGAUCAAGUCGACGGUGCGCUGCACGGUGUGCGGCAAGCAGAGCGUCACCUACGAGUCCUUCUCCAACCUGUCGCUGGAGCUGCCCGCCAACGCCAACCGCUGCACGCUCAGUGAUUGCCUAAAACUAUACCUCAACGGCGAGCCGAUACCGGGCUGGAACUGUCCCAAUUGCAAGGAGAAGCGGGAUGCUGUGAAGAAAUUAGACAUCUCCCGGCUGCCCCCGGUGCUGGUGAUCCACUUCAAACGGUUCUACGUGGACCCCAAGGAGUACAUGUGCAAUGCCUACAGGAAGAAGCAGACGUACAUCGACUUCCCGCUGGAAGACCUGGAUAUGAGGCAGUUCGCUCUGCACUGUCCCAGUAAUCACCUGUACAACUUGUAUGCCGUGUCCAACCAUUACGGGUCCAUGGAGGGCGGACAUUACACCGCGUAUUGCAAGAGCAGCGUGUAUGGGAAAUGGUACAAAUACGACGAUCACGUGGUGACGGAGAUCCCGUCGAGCGAGGUGAAGUCCAGCGCCGCCUACAUCCUGUUCUACACGUCGUGCUCGCACGCGCGGCCCGCGUGAUGCGCCACUCGCACCACUCGCGCCACUCAUACUCGCACCACACUCGCCCGCAACUCACCGAUAGAUACCCGCGAACACGCUAGGUUGCGUUUACAGACCAAUUAAAAAGUUCCGGGAACACGUUCUAGAUGGCGUUGUUAUAGUGUACUCAAAACCAGCUGAUGUCACCGAGCUCAGUAAUAAUAUACGCUAGAUGGCGUUAGUGCAGAAAGUUAAUAACUACCCUACAAUUUAAGUAUGAAAUAGACUGAAUGUGUUUUUCUAUUUGGUCUUAUGUGAUUAAAUUAGGGCCGGCGAAAUUAUUGCUUCGCGACAUUGUAACGCACUGCAUCGACUGUAGUGCUUUGCCGGCAUACUGGCAUAAAUUCAAUAAAUGUUAGAUGUCUAUAAAUCAAAUAAACUACCCUCAUAAUUGCAUAUAAAGUUCGGUAUCUAAUAGCACGAGCAGGUAGUUCGCGAGCCGUGCGCUAGAUGUCACUGUGUAUAGUGCGCUAGUUUUCACGCCUACCCACAUUGCGUAGUGAGUGUCCGUCGUGUCGCAGGACGAGGACGGCUGCGUGUCGGAUCUAGGAACUGUCGCGACGCGCUGUGGUCUAAGUUAUUCGUUGUUCACACAUGUCUGGAAUACGCACGCUACAAUUACAAAAGCAUGCUCGUUAAGUAAAUUUACAUUCAUAAAAGGCAUGCUUUUUAUUAGCAUGCGUAUUCCAAACUCUAUACUUAAUGAUUGUUGUGAUUAUUUAAUUUAUUAUAGUUAACGCUUAGUCGGGGCUUACGAUCAGGCCUUGUAGUAAUCUUUGGUUUCCGAAUGUGACUGAAAGAGGUAACUAUCUAGUGAUACGCAAAAAUCACAAGUCUGUAUGUUUGUUUGGGUAUAGACGGGAUAUUUUCGUUAAAAUCCGCCUCAUGGUGAUAUAAAAUUUUUAUUGUUGGCUACAACAUCUUGCGUUCUUUAUGAUUUCGAAUCGUUAUGUUUCUUGCCUUGUAUUAGUGUUGUCUAGAGCUUAUUAAAAUAGGGAUUCAUUAUUUUCGUGUACAUAAUGUUGUAUUUAGAAUUUGUGACUAAAAUCACAUUUAAUUUAGAUUCUUAUAUUGGAUAUUUAAAUAUCUCUGUUAGACAACACUAAUUUUAUUUAUAUCUAAUUUCUUUUCUAUGCAAGUUAUUUAUCUACACUGUGUAGUCGCUCAGUUAAAGGGAUCUGCGAUCCCACACUUCAUUCCUGUAAUAAUGAGCCAGCGAUAUUUCAAUUGGCCAUAUUGUCUUACCACUUAUAUGUAAAUGUACUAUUAUUUAUUUUUAUAACGAAAUUACUCGGUUAUAUAUAAAUUGAGCUAGAAGCUUUUGUAUGAUAGCGGGCAUACGUUUUACACUAACUAUGUAAAAAGUUAUCUAAACUUCGCAUCGGAUUUGUAUCGAAUCGCAGUGCCUGAUCUAUUUUAAUGUAAGGCGUUUGACACACUUGCCAUCAGCUGCCGUUUAUAUGUCGCUUAGGACGUUUAAAUGGCAUUUAGUGUCACAGACGUGUCAUAUGUGUCACAUUUGUGUCAGUUUUAAUGAUUUAGGUAUGAUUGUGUAAUAUUGAUGCCAAGUGUGUUAAAAUAGAUGUAAAAGCCAUCCGCGAAUAAAUUGAUAGUGACUUACGAUUUGGGGACUUUCUGUUACAUUGAAUGACUGUUGCGUGUAUAAUUGUAUAUAACAUACACCGUUUAUUGUAUGUAUAACUUAAUGUAAGAAGAAACUUUAUUAAAUUCUUUGUUAAUAUA